AUGGACUCGGCGUCGGCCAAGAACCUCGCCAUCCGCAACCUCUACGCCAAGAUCGAAAAGGUCGGCGAAGGUACCUACGCCUCGGUCUUCCUCGCCAAAAACACAAAGACCGGCCGCAAGGUGGCCAUCAAGAAGAUCAAGAUUGUCAACAAUGCAAACGGCAUGGACGUCACCGCCAUCCGCGAGGUCAAGUUCCUCAAGGAGCUCCAGCAUCCCAAUGUCAUCCUCAUGAUCGACGUCUUCUCGUCGGGCUCCGUCACGCCCUCGCUCAACCUCGUGCUCGAGUUCCUCGACACCAACCUCGAGGCACUUAUCAAGGACCGCGGGCUCAUCUUCACCUCGGCCGACGUCAAGAGCUGGAUGGCGAUGCUAUGUCGUGGCCUCGAGUACUGCCAUCGCAACUGGGUGCUGCACCGCGAUCUGAAGCCGAACAACUUGCUCAUCUCGCCCGAAGGCGAGCUCAAGAUUGCCGAUUUCGGUCUGGCCCGAGAGUUUGGCGAUCCGGGCUCGAGGAUGACGAACCAGGUCAUCACUCGCUGGUACCGUCCGCCCGAGCUGCUGCUGGGCUCGCGCGCCUACUCGGCCUCGGUCGACAUGUGGAGCGUCGGGUGCAUCUUUGCGGAGCUCAUGCUGCGCACGCCCUACCUUCCUGGCGAAUCCGACCUCGAGCAGCUCACCACCAUCUUCCGCGCACUGGGCACACCGACCGAGAGGGACUGGCCGAACUACAAGACGCUGCCCGACUUUGUCCAGUUUGAGCGAUUCCCCAAGCAGCCGCUGGGCGAGCUCUUUAGCGCAGCCAGCUCCGAGGCGCUCGACUUUCUGCAAAAGUGCCUCCUGUAUGACCCGCUCAAGCGGCUGACGGCGAAUCAGUCGCUGCACCACGCCUACUUCCGCACUGCGCCCGCCCCGACGCCGUUCAAGAUGCUGCCGAGGCAUCCGACCAAGGCGUUUGAUCCCGAAGAUCCGGCCAACCACCCGCUUCUGUCGGACAGCAAGGAGAAGAACACGAUGCGCGCCAAGCAGCGCAAGUCUGCCGGAGCCGGCGGUGCUGGCAAGGGCCAGAAGAGGAAGCUGGACGAGGCCGAGAUCGAGGAGCGCAAGCGGCUCGCGAGGAAGCUGGCUUUUGAGUGA